AUGUCAGGCUGUUUCUCAGGUGAAUCAUUCGUUGAGCAAGUACAUCUCUUCUUGAUCGAAUAUCGAGAUAACGGGAACUAUACCUAUAGACAUUCAUGGGAUGGAUGUAUAUCAUCUUAUUCACCUCUAAGGUUGAUCUUUGAUAGAUGGGCCCAGGAAGAACAUUGCGGUGAACCAUUCGAGCAUUUUCACUUCAGACUCAGAGAUCCAACUGAAGGUCGAACUUUGGUGGGAGACGAGUCUUCCAGAGAUCUUCGAAUCCAUUCUGGAACAAGGAUCUAUAUAGCCAGAGUCAUCACUGGAGAACAGUGA